UAUAGCUUCCCAAUCUUCGGGACAGUGUUUCUUCUGAUUUGACUUUGUUUUUAAUAUGCUUAAAGUGACCUUCAGGGAUUGUUACAAAAGCAAAGUCAUUCCGUUCAAAGUUCAUGCAUUCUUUGCUUUACAUUACUACUCUUCAAUAGCUGUUCAGUCUAAAUUGAAUUUUCUAAGAGCCAAAGCAGUUUUAGAAUCACUUGUGUCGAUUAUGAUCCACGCAUGAUGCAUGGUUGCAACCGUGAUUUAGCUUCUAUCUUAAGUUCCCUUUUACUCGAGCAUUAUACACGCAUUGUCUCCAAGAAAAAGGUGAACCAACCAGUAGUGGACAUCACUGUUAAAAGAUAUCCAGAAAGAAUUGGUAUUGGCAAGCAGUCGAGAGAAAGGAUCCCGCGAACUUACUCUGCCGAAAGAGCUACAACAAGAGGAAGAGGAUAAACAGUAGUGAUCACGAAAGCAGAGUCCCUCACUGGAAUAGCUGAAAGUGCACACCUUAAAACAAAAUAUUUGCGAUGGUGGCCAAAGAGUCUUUGGAGAUGUCAUCAACUGACCAGCUUGCGAAUGGUCAUGCCGAGAGCCAGGACGAUAUCAAGAAAGCCCAGACUGGGAAUGGCAUCUACUGGUUCACAUUCGGUGUCAUCUUCCUCCUCGUCGCUGCCUGUGUUAUCAGUGUUUCAGUAAUAUUUACAAGAGAAGAUUGCAAUUGUGAGGGUGAUUUUGAGCCAAUAGUGGGUUCACCCUCCGAACCACCGACGACGACGCCGAGGUUCACCAGUCCUCAGACAGAGGCAGAUAUAUGUAGCCUUCCUGUCGAUCCCAAUAAUUGUGGAGAAUCUUUGCCCCGGUGGCGUUACGAUACGGAAACAUCAUCAUGUGUCGAAUUUAUUUACACUGGUUGCCCUGACAACAAAAAUAACUUCGCGACAGAGGAUGACUGCCAGUCCAUUUGUGGAGAUGCUGGCGGUCUCCCACCUACCUGUACCCAACUACAAGAUACUCCCCUAGAUACCCUUGAUGUGUCAGACAUCUUCGGUACCUCAACAACUCUAUUGACUGUAGCACCACCGAGUGACCGGGUCGGAGAGCUAAGGACAAAUGGGGCUCUACCAACAGGUCACUUUGCCUGCAACCAAAUCAACCAUGGACCGCUUAGUCCCAUCAGACAGUUUCCCCACUCAGCAACAAUGGACGAGAUGGGAAUUACAUACGAAGCUUACACUUUGGAAAGGUGGACUGAUCCAAACCGUCAGGAUCCUUUUUAUGAACUAACUCCGGGAAAGGACGGAGCACCUUGGGACAAAAUUGAAGAACUAGGAGCCGGUAUGAAGCAGAUGGUUUCAGCUCCAGAUAGUCUUCCCUUUUCUAUCUUCUCUGGACUCACAGGGAUUAGGGUUAGUCUCGAAGACAAUGAAAAUGAUCCGAUUAUGACUGAUUUUGGAGAGAUGUACGCCAACUUUCUCUACACCGAUGCUAACGGUGGCACAAUGGAGUUGCCACUAGUUCGAGGGUCGGGAAUGUUAACACAUCUCUUCACCGAUGCUAUACCGGUCCUUACACCAUAUUGUCUGCGUGCUAUCAAUGACGAGCCAACAUCAUUCGAAUGCCCUGAGGAGGAGUCAGUUGAAAAUGCAGGGAGUGGAUACGUGGAAGCUUCGUGCAACGCAUCUUCAGAAUCAGCUACUUUUGUCCUUCAUCUAACAAAACCCAUCAAGGAUAUCAGUGAUGUUCAAUGGGUAGCAAGCGAAUCUACCGAGUGGGAUUCGGACAACGGUGGUUUUAUGACAUGUGAUGAAACUUGUUGUGAACUCUCUUCCGAUGGUAAAACCGUGACCAUCCACCUCGAAGGCGCUGUCUCUUCCGUCAACUAUGCUAUCAACGUCAUCAACAAGUACGUCGUCCCACAACACGACUACAGUUAUUACUGGUAUCGAAAUCCAUUGACGGUGGCAUGCACUAAUAGCAGCGAUGUGGUUGUUUCGAGAGGUCAACGAAUGCCAGUAUGGUUCUACGGAACUGCGAGUGUGGAUUCUACGAUGUGUCAACGGGAUCUUGUCGGUGGGUACGAGGUGACAGCAACCCUCAAGCUUAGCAGUCCUGCUAAUAGUCUUCAAGAGGUCCAAUAUCUAAUUGCUGAUGUAAAUGAUGAAUGGAACUCUGUGUAUUCUUGGAACACGUGUAACGCAAACACCUGUGAUUUGGAAGACGAUGGUUUCACAGUCGUCAUGACAUUGUCUGUUAAUUAUACCAAUGUCAACUUUGCUGCAAAUGUGAUUGGGCAAUUUGUGACGGAGUCAGUACCAGCCAACUGGAGACGUCAACCAGAAAAGAUCUACUGCCCUGGUGGGGAUCCCGCACCAACCCCACAACCAAUUACACUCACCGACAACCGCUUUAUCUUUGAACUGUCCGAGCCCCUAACCAUCGAAGGUGUUACAGACUCUACCAGGAAAUACGCCGUAUUCUUUUCAGAACGGAUGACCAUGACAUUCGACGUAAAUGGAGCCUCUUUCGUUCCUGCGAGACCAUUGGUAGACAAAUUCACUGGUAUUAUGCAGCUCGUCUACGCAGGAAGUGGCACACCGGGUAAUUUUACAUGGGUUGAUAAGCUUGCAGAUUUCGCAGGCGUGUAUUCUUACAAGCCAAAGACCAGAUUCUGUACCGAAGGAGACAAAGGUUAUAUCAGCUUCGACUGGAAUAAAAAGGGUGAUGACUUUCUUGAAACCAAUCCCAAUCUGGACCUGCUGACUGUUGUUCUCCCACACCAGGAGCCGUUGCUAGGUGACAAUCUUGUAGAGACUCCAUUUGGGUAUAAGGGAUACGUAGGAGAUAAUUGGGUGAUGGAAGAGGACCUUCCUCCGGCCUCCAUGGAACCAAACAUGGACGCUGUCGAACGUAUUAAGGGUCAACCAGACAAACUGCAGAAUGUUCUUCAGGCUAUUGAGAAGGACACUGCCCAGCAAACCUUAGAAUUAGAUUGUACCACUGCAUCCAUCCAUAGCUAUGAGGCAGGAAAAAGCAUAGGAAUGGUUGCUCGUUUGGCCAGUAUCUCUCGAGCUUUUGGCACCGAAGACUACAUCGAACUUGAUCAGUCUCUUCGACGUUGUUUAGACCUCUGGCUGGGCAUCGUAGGUGGAAUUGCAGAAGAUAAUGUUAUCCGAUACGACACUGUAUGGGGAGGCUUGUGGAUGCGUGGAGCAGGACCAGAUGAAGAGCUUUUCCCUUGGACAAACUAUGGGUUCAUUAGCUAUGCUGACCAUCAUUACCACUUUGGCUAUUGGCUCUAUGCCAUUGCCUAUUACGCCAAAUACUAUCCAGUGUGGGCUUUCAAGGAAGAUAAUUACAACCGCAUUAUGGCAAUGGCUCGGGACGUGGGAAGUCCUAGUAAGGAUGAUCCCUACUUCCCUACGGUUCGUCAGAAGGACUGGUAUACCGGAUCAUCCUGGGCGACUGGUAUCGGUGGAGGCACUCGUCAACAGGAGGCAAUAGCAGAGGCAAUCAACUGUUACCAUGCCCUUGCAGCUCUUGGUUUGGCAAUGAACGAUACCAAUCUACAGGCAAUUGGACAGAUCACAACAGCCACUGAGAUUCGUGCAGCAAAGACAUAUUGGCAGGUGAGAGAGAACAACAGACAUCUCUUUCCAUCUCUCAUCCAGCGCUGGGGAGUGAUUGGACAGCUCCAGGAAGAUGGCAUCUUCUACUACACGUUAAACUGGCCCUGUGAACCUGAUCAGUUCCCUCAGCGCCAUGCCUGUAUAGUCGGUAUACAGAUCAUUCCAAUCAUCUCUAUCUCAUAUCUCUACAUGGAUCAGGAAUGGGCGGAGAGUGUGUAUGACGUCUGCAGUCACUCCAUAGACCCCUCGUCUGCACCCGGUGGAGGUAUGGUAGACAGUGAUUGGUACACCCUCGACCCUGUAACCACACGCUUUGGAUCCUUCUGUCAGUCUAUCAUGGCUAAAGUUAACGAAACAACAAAGCAGGAGGCAAUAGAUUACAUAACAAAUCUAGAGACUACAGACUUGGAACCAGGCAGUGGACUAGCCAGUACUCUACUCUUUAUUUACGAAUCCGCCUGAUCAGGGGCACAUACUUUGCUCUUAUAUCAUUUUUUUAUAUAUUGGUAGAGCCAUUAACUUUACAAUGUAUGUUAAUUCAUAUGACUUUCUGUCCCCAACACCAGUGGCGUACCUGGCAUAUUUCGUCAGGGGGGGGGCAAGCGACAAGGAUGAGCAAGGUGGGGGGUACACUCUAAAAAUUCGAAUGUUAAAUAAACAUUUGAAAGGUUGGAGGAGUCGACAACCUUUUCCAAAUGUUAAA